AUGCAAAAUGGAGAAUUAAAAUUAUUAAGGAUUAUAAAAUUGAAUUUCAGAAAGGAUAUGAGAAGGUUGAACAAGAUCGAAUAGGAUGAGUAGAUUUACAAAAAUAUAGAAGAGAGAUGGGGAAAUUUCGAUUUUUGA